UCAUCCUCAGCGUGCACUGAACGUGCCCCCGCCAUGACAACACAAUAUUACGCAUUAUGAAACGAGCUCGUUCCGCUGUCAACACAGUUUAGUGCUUAUAAUAGGACGAGUCGAAUUCCAUGGAAGAGAUCGACGAGCCGAGCCUGAUCCAGACGCUGCGGGCGCACUCGAGCGAGGUGACGUGUGCGGACGCGGCGGGCGCGCUGCUGGCGACGGGCGGCGGCGACCGCGCGCUGCGGCUGUGGCGCUGGGCGGCGGGCGCGGGCUGGGCGGAGGCGGCGCGCGCGGGCGACGCGCACCGCUACGGCGUGACGGUGGCGCGCUGGGCGCCGGGCGGCGUGCUGCUGGCAUCGGGCGGCGUGGACGGCGCGGCGCGCGUGUGGGGCCGCGCGCUGGCGCCGCGCCGGCUGCUGCUGGCGCCGGGCGCGGCGGCGCUGCGCGCGCUGUGCUGGGCGGCGCGCGCGCGCCUGCUGGCGGGGCACGACGACGGCGCGCUGCACGUGUGGCUGGUGCCGCGCGCAGAGCUGCUGGCGCGCCUGGCCGCGCACGACGGCGCGCUGCACGCGGUGGCGGCGCCCGCGCUCGGUCGGCUGCUGCUCACCGCCUGCACGCACGGUGUACUCAAAGUUUUUGACCUUGCAGAGGUGUGCCGGAGCGGGUCGGGCGAGGCGGAGGCGCCGGCGCCGCUGGCGUGGCUGGACGGCGUGCACGACCUGGGCGCGCUGUGCGCCGACGCGUCGCAGGACGGGCAGCUCGCGGCCACGGGCGGGCAGGACUCGCUGGUGCGCGUGUGGCACGCGGGCCCCGCAGGCCUGGAGCCGCUGGGGCCCGCGCUCAGCGGCCACCUGGCGGCCGUCACGGCGCUGCGCUGGGGCCGGCGCGGCGCCCGGCCCGUGCUGGCCAGCGCCAGCCUGGACCGCACGGCGCGCCUGUGGCUGCUGGCCGACAGCGACAUGCGCUGCGUGCGCGUCGUGCACGCGCAUUCUCGCUAUCUCACGUGCGUCGUGCUCUCGCCAGACGCGCACUAUAUGCUCACCGGCUCCAACGAUAAGUCACUUCGGAUGUGGUCCCUGGGCUCUCUGUCACUAGACGACAGUUUGGACACUCCGUGCGAAGCGCUCGCUCACUUUGGUCUCGGUGAUCUUGAGGGAAUCGGGCCAGUGGAGGAGGAAGAAGGCUUAGAGACGAGUGACGAGCUGGCGGGUCAGGACGCGGAGGCGGACGGCAGCGGCGCGACGCGGCUGUGGCGUGAGGCGUUGCACGCGGGCGCCAUCAACUGCAUCGCCACGCACGGCGACCUGGUGGCCACGGCGUCCAGCGACGGGCGCGCGCGCGUGCUGCGCUGGCACGAGGCGGCGGGCGCGCUGGAGCCGCUGCACGAGCUGGCGGCGCACGACUACCCCGUGAUGGCGGCCGACUUCUGUGCCGCCGGCGCCGCGCUACUCACCGCCGGUCUCGACGGCCGCGCCUGCCUCUGGGACGUGGAGUCGGGUGUGCAGCUGCGGUCACUGAGCCUGCCGGCGCGGGACGCGGGCGCGGCGGGCGAGGCGGGGGGCGGCGGGGUGCGGGCAGCGCGCGCCUCGCCGCUGCGCCCCGCGCUGCUGCUGCUGGGCACGGACGACGGGCUGGCGCCGCUGUGGAGCCUCGACCAGGACGAUCCCAGGCCGCUACACGUGUACGCGGGGCACGCGGAGGCGGUGACGUGCUGCGCGUGGGCGGAGGACGCGCGGCUGCUGGCGACGGGCGACGCGGCGGGCGAGCUGCGCGUGCUGGCGCCGCCGCCGCGCGCGCGCACGCUGCGCGCCGAGCCGCACGCGCACGACCCCGCGGGGGGAAUCCAGAGCUGCGACUUCGCGUCGCCGUCCGCGCUGGAACUGCCAGACGAUACAUAUCUACUCGCCACCGCCGGCUGCGACUCUCUUAUUAAAUUAUGGCUCAUACAUUACAAAGAGAGCGCGGCGGUGCGCGCGGUGGUGUCGCUGGCGGCGCACGGCGGCGGCGUGGCGAGCGUGCGCUGGGCGGGCGCGCGGCUGGCGAGCGCGGGCGCCGACCGCGUGGUGCGCGUGUGGCAGGCGGCGCGCGGCGGCGCGGGCGCGCGCCUGCUGGCCGCCGUGCGCGCGCCCGCCGCCGCGCUGGCCGUGGCGCUGGCGCCCGCGCUGCUGCUGGCCGGCACGCUGCCGGGCGAGCUGCUGGCGUGGCGCGCGCCGCCCGACCAGCCCCACGGCCUGGGGCCCGACGACGACGAGGCGGCGCCGCCCUACUUCUGGACCCGCGAGGGAGUCGCGCGCUGGCUGCGCGAGUGUGUCACGCGUGUGCCAGGAUCGGAAAUGAAAUUUCACGAAGAGGAAGCCCUUAUUCAAAGAGCUGAAGAUGCAAAUCUGACAGGCUCACAACUUCUAUCUACUCCGAUAGAGAAGUUACUCGAGACGUUUGGAUAUGAGCGCGCGGAGGAGGGCACGGAGGAGGGCGCGGAGGAGAGCGCGGCGCGGGAGCGGCUGCGCGGCGAGCUGCAGUGGCUGCGCGCGCCGCCCGCCUCGCCGCAGCGGGAGGCUAGGGCGCCGCACGCGCUGCGCUGCCCGCUGUCGCACGCGCUGCUGCGCGACCCGGCGCGCGCCGCCGACGGCUUCACGUACGAGCGCGCCAACAUCCUCGACUGGUUCAUCGCGGCCGAGGGCGCGGUGUCGCCGAUCUCCGGGCGGCGCCUGCGCAACACGCGCGUGCAGCUCAACUACGCCGUGCGCGACCAGCUGCGCGACUUCCUCCUGAGCUGAGCUGAGCCCGCGCCGUGCCGCACCGUGCCGCGCCGUGCCGCACCGCGCCGCGUCGUGUCGCACCCCGCCGUGCUGCUCCACGUUGCGUCGUGCUGCAUAGCUUUACGAGUCGUGUUUCAAAGAUGUGACUCUCUAAAGAUAGACGUGUUUUCUGGGUAAUGUAAACAUUAAGUCGUUUUCAAUAAUUAUUCUAUGAUGUAUUUUCUCCGAUUUAUGCGUAGGUGGCUACCUACUUUUACCAAUUCCAAUUUUUUCCAUUACAAGCAAAAUAAAACAUUUAGUGUCUGCUGUC